UUAGGUAACAUACCUGGUGCUCCAUCAUGGGUUGUAGAAAGACCAUACUUGAGUAGAGACUUUAUUUCAAGUGUUGAUGACAAACAAAAGAAGUCUGGUGUAACCAUAGGUACACUUCCAGUGCCGAUGCAGGAAUUGGCUGCAGUAGAGGACUUACUCUUUCUUCUAAUGGGAGUUGAAGGGAAAUACAUAUYAGUCAAACCUCUGAAAGAUAAAUUUAGUCCAAGAACAUUUACUGUUGACAAAACCUUAGAUGUGUCUAUUAAUGAGCUGGUUCUAAGAAUUCUUCCUGUUUGCUCACAUUAUUCAACAGUAUGCAGAUUUAUUGAAGAUUUUGAUAUCCUUGAGCAGUGGAUCUACAAAGGGAUCAUCAAUGAUCCUUACUCAGAGUUUCUAGUGGCAGAACAUGGCUCAGUACAGAAAGAAAAACUCACAGAAGACUACAAUGAUGAUUAUUGGGAGCAGCGUUACACUGUUGUAAGGGAGAACAUCCCAAUAUUCUUAGAGAAGGUUGCACAGAAUAUUCUUAGUACUGGGAAAUACUUGAAUGUCAUCAGACAGUGUGGUCGUGAUGUGAGAUGUCCAGAUGCAGAAGAGAUCAUCUAUACACUAAGAGAAAGAGAGUAUGUGGACAAAAUAGAAAAGGCAUAYAACUAUGCCAGUAAGACAUUAUUGAAUGUAUUGAUGGAUGAAAAGGAACUUAUGGCCAGGCUUGGAUCUAUCAAACACUACUUCCUUAUGGACCUUGGGGACUUCUUUGUGCAGUUUAUGGACCUUGCAGAAGAUGAGAUGAGAAAAAAUAUGGAUGAUAUUGUUCCAUCUCGUCUUGAAGCACUUCUGGAGUUAGCAUUACGGACCAGUACAGCAAACAGCGAUCCGUACAAAGAUGAUCUCAGGACAGAGCUUCUACCCUAUGACCUCAUAACGCAAUUAUUCCGAAUAUUGUCUGUUGCCUACGACAGCAGAGGCACCUCAACUGCUUUUCAGCAGGAUCCAACAGAACUUCAGAUUUCAGGUCUAGAGGCUUUCUCAUUUGACUAUGACGUCAAGUGGCCUGUCUCCUUGAUAUUGAGCAAAAAGGCGCUUACAAAAUACCAAAUGCUCUUCAGACACUUGUUUUAUUCCAAGCAUGUAGAGAGACAGCUCUGCAGUGUGUGGCUUAACAACAAGAAGGCUAAACAGUUUACUCUUCAUUCUUCUCCAUGGUAUGCAGCAGCGUUUGCCUUACGACAACGCAUGCUCCACUUUGUCCAAACCUUUGAACACUACAUGAUGUUCGAGGUACURGAACCUAACUGGCACUUGAUGAAGAAAAGCCUUGAGGAGGUAACGAAUAUCGAUGGCGUGCUGGAGCAUCACAAUGAUUUCCUGGAUAGAUGUCUUAAAGACUGUAUGCUGACUAAUCCUGAUUUACUCAAGAAUGUCAGCAAGUUGUUAUUGGUCUGCGUGACAUUUACAAACUGUAUGCAACGAUUCACUCAAAGUGCAAGUGCAGAAUUUAUCAGUGAAGAGCCUGGACAGAGUCCUAUGAGCAAGAAAGGACCUCCACCUGGUGAAGAACAACAAAGAAAAACUGCUGUCAAGCUUAAAAGUCUUCAAAAACACAGUUCUAUACCAGGCUCCAUGCCGGACCUUUCUGAAGGAAGACGGAGUAAAAGAUAGCAUUAGAUGAAAUAACACUGAGGUAGUUAAGGUCUCCUAUGGUAAGGCAGAAUGGUUACUAGUAUUGGUGUUGUUUAUKCUCUUGUAUAUACUGGUAGUUGCCUCAAGCAGCUAGAUUUCUUUAGCCUCCUUUGCAGACGUUAUUAGUAUCGGUCAUACGUURACUGCGCAUGACCGAUACUAAAAACGUCUGCAAAGAAGGCUAGAUUUCUGAAGUUCAAACAAAUGUUAUGAUUUUGAGUGCACUUUGGAGCUAAUUAUUUUAAGAACUGUACGAACCCGUUAGCUGUAAAAUCCAUGAGAACUUACAGCAAGCAAGAAGCAAUUUAGUGUAUGAUUUGUGAAGCGCUUUUUAUGUACACUGCAAUGUCCAUUAUUUGUGUGGGGUUUCUCUACUCUGAUCUUUUUAGCCAAUCAGAAGAAGAGAAAAUUUUGUACCCAUAUCAUGGUCUAUGUCUAUAUUUUUCCUUUCCAUUUCUUUUCCAUUUAGAAUCCCUUUCUCUGAAUAUCUAUUUUUUUUUUACCUCCACUCACGUUCCGAUCUUCGUUUCCUGGUAKUUUACUUGUUGAAACGUUUCCACGGAAAUGAUCUCAUUCGGCGAGUCACAAUAUUCGAGAAUGCUUUAAUAUGCUAUGGUUGUUCGGUGCAUUUUGUUUUCUUUGGCUGUUUCUUAUUUUUAUUCCACAACGUCUUGUCACCCGAGUGUCCAUUUUUCCGUAAAUAUCGAUCUUGAACGAAACUGUUAAUACCUUCCUGUUUGUAAAUAACGACCAUAUCUUUUCACCAGAAAAAAGUGUAAUUUAUAUACCUUAUAAGUUAAAUGACACAAGAUUGUAACAUGAUAGUUUGUUAUAUUGAAAUAAAUGAACUGGUUUUUGGUUUUUA